CCUCUGAUUUUCCGAAAGUUUUCCAGGUAGGGCAAGGGCGAUUGUGGGUUCGCUGGGUUGCACCUUCCAAAAUUUUAGGGUUCUCAACUAUCGCACGUGACGUGGCCGAGCUCCGCCAAAAUCUGUCCGCACAUUUUGCUACGAUUCGUGUCUUGUGAGAAAGUUCAACUCCCGCAGAACACCCAAGGAGCAAGUCAAGAUGCCUCCCCGCGCCCACUCCAAGACCUCUCGUGUCCCCCGCCGACCCUUCGAGUCUGCCCGACUUGACUCCGAGUUGAAGCUCGUUGGCGAGUAUGGCCUGCGCAACAAGCGUGAGGUCUGGCGAGUCGGUCUGACUCUGUCCAAGAUCCGUCGUGCUGCCCGUCAGCUUCUUACCCUCGACGAGAAGGACCCCAAGCGUCUCUUCGAAGGCAAUGCCCUCAUUCGACGUCUCGUCCGUGUCGGUGUCCUUGACGAGUCCCGCAUGAAGCUCGAUUACGUCCUGGCUCUUAAGAUCGAGGAUUUCCUUGAGCGCCGUCUCCAGACCUGUGUCUGGAAGCUCGGUCUUGCCAAGUCUAUCCACCACGCCCGUGUUCUGAUCCGCCAGCGUCACAUCCGAGUCGGAAAGCAGAUCGUCAACGUUCCCUCUUUCAUCGUCCGUCUCGACUCCCAGAAGCACAUCGACUUCGCUCUGACCUCGCCCUUCGGCGGUGGCCGUCCCGGCCGUGUCCGCAGAAAGAAGGCCGCCGCUGCUGCUGGCGGCGAGGGUGGUGAGGACGAGGAGGACGAGGAGUAAAUGCAACCAAAAAUGCAAAAACGAUUCCCCCUGUCUAGGGCACUUGGUGAUGGAAUACCACUCAUGGGAAGGGGAUUCUCUUCAUAGCUUGCGGCGUUGGCCAGAGGAUAAAAAUGGAAUGAUUUCACCGGAUAACGACAAACAAAAUUUCCCGGUGUCUCUCCACCUGUGUACAUGAAUCUCAUGAAACAUGAAUCCAAUCACGACAUCCACCCAUAAUCUUGAUUUGCUGUGAAAGUUUCAAUGUCAAUGUAGCUGUCGCCGUGUAUUUGAUGCUCAUGGUAUGUAAC